GAUAAUAAUUGCAAGUGGCUAACUGCUGUUCGUAAACUAAUUUUUAUUCAAAACUUUUUGUGUCAAAUUAAAAAAACGGCAGUAUUUAUUAAAAUAGUAAGCUUGGUUUGAUAGUCAAUCGUUGAGUUCUAAUAGUAGCGUGCCAAGUGUAUCAGUUCAACAAAUGCUCAGUUAUUACCGCUGUUAUGCUAAAUUCCAUAGACACACGCACACACACAUACAUGCGCUAAAUAAAAAUUAGCUCGGCAACUUUCUUGGAAAAAGAAUUGCAGCUCAUAAAUUACAGCGUCGAUCGGCGUCGAACAUUGAGAACAAUGGCCCAUUUAAAAAAGCUUUACCUAGGCACAUCGCUAGACGAUCUGGACAAGCACACUGCAAUACCAGAACAUCGCAACGUGGGUAUGAAAACAUUACUGAAUACGGCAAAUAAACUGCUCGAGGUUGCCAAUGAGCGUAUGCGAGAUGGCGAUGAGGAAUUGGUUUACAUCACAUACGUGAAGUACUUUAAUAUGCUGUCCAUUAUACGCAAGAGACCUGAUUAUUCCAAGAACAAGUCAGAGGUACAUAAGAUACUUGGCGACAAUACCGACAAUCGUAACGCUAUGGAUAAACUGGAAAUAAUUUAUAAGUCCUUAUCCAAUCGCUAUAAGGAGCUGGAGACAUCCAAGAGCAGAAUCUCAAAUUCAAAUCUAAGCACAUCAGCCCAAUCAAUGAGCAAUGAUGUAAUCAAUUCCUUGUCAGCUCCAGAAGCAUAUACGAAGUUGGGUAUUAUUAGCUGCGAGGAGCUGUACAAGCGGAUGCAACAGAAGUCUGUGCUGGUCAUGGACUGUCGCAGUAGCGCUGACUACGACGCUUCCCAUUUGAACUACUAUUGUUCAUUCAAUGUUCCCGAGGAGCUGAUAACACCAGGCAUGUCCGCGGGCAGAUUACAGGCACGUCUCAGUAGCAAAGACAAGGCCUCCUGGGCAUCCCGUUCGGUGAAGGAAUCUGUGGUGCUUAUGGACUGGAGCACGACGGAGGUGCCUAUUGCCACCACGCCUAUUGCCGUGUUGUUGGACAUAUUGCAAAAUUGGGAUCCAGAUGUAAACUAUCGUGCCCCCCUACAAAUUCUGGAAGGUGGCUAUGAAAAUUUUCUUAUCCGAUAUCCAACUUACUGCACCAAUCCCUCGGUAUCGGCGCCCAAAAUUAAUAACAACAAUGACAAUGACGCAAUCGAUGACAUUGAAUAUCCAUCAAUAAAUGAUAUCACCAUGAAGGAGGACAUAGUAAUUUUCGAUUCCAAAGAAAACCAACGACCCAGCAUCAAUCGCGCCAAUAAGCCCACAACCUUGCGCACCCAACAAAACCAUUUGAAACAACCACAAAGCACUCAAAUUAUUGAGGAACUCCGUGAUCAGCACGCAACGCUAUUACAGCGGGCGGAAGAAAACGAUAGGCUCCUCGAAGAUGCAUCGAAGAAAUGGCGACGUCUGCACUCAGCGGGUGCUUCCCAGAGCAGCGAAGGACAGGAAAGCCUCUAUAAUCUGCUUCAGCUCGAAAGCGAAUCCAAGGAUAAUCGACUUGAAAACUAUCGUAUACGCGAUAGGAUCAUGAAAUUGAAAGAAGACGAAGUGCUGCAAGAUGACAAUGAGACUACCAGACAAAUUGAGAUCAAGAUUGCGGAACGUCAAAGGCUUGAUGAGACGCAUGAACGCGAUCGCCUCGAACGGGAACGUCUUUUGGCUAUUGCACGCGAGACAAAGCCACACUACAAGCCAGCAGUUGAACCAACAAUUGCACCCAAUGACAAAUCACCACCACUCAGUCCAAUCGAUGAGAUGCAGCAUAGAAUUCUCAAUGAUCAGUCGAUAAUUAACUCGCGUCCCGUCUACGAUCGGGCAACGAAGCCGCGGAACGAAAGUCGAGCAGCCGUCACCGAGACUGAAGCGUCGCGAAUCCGAUAUUUUUCGCCAGUUAUUGGUCACAAUGUGGGAUUCGGUCUAACUGGUCUUAAGAAUUUAGGCAACACUUGCUAUAUGAAUAGUAUACUACAGUGCCUAAGUAACACGUCACAUUUACAAGAUUUUUGUGUAUCAAACGAAUACAAGAAGCACAUAAGUCGUCAAAAUAAAACGAAUGGACAGGUCAUCGAAGAGGUUGCUGCACUUAUCAAGGAACUGUGGAAUGGCCAAUACAAGUGUGUCGCCAGUCGUGAUUUACGCUACAUUGUGGGACAGUACCAGAAGACAUUUAGAGGCGUUGAUCAACAGGACUCUCAUGAGUUUCUAACCAUUCUGAUGGAUUGGCUGCAUUCCGAUUUGCAGACAAUUAAAGUGCGGCGUAGAGCCAAUAGUGUGCUAGCUUGGGAGAAAUCCUGGCUGGAAUUUACAAAAUCCCAGGAGAGUAUGAUCUUGCAUUUAUUUUAUGGACAAAUCAAAAGCACAGUCAAGUGUGUUACCUGCAGCAAAGAGUCGGCUACAUAUGAGUGCUUUUCGAAUCUCAGCAUGGAGUUGCCGCCCAAUGCAAAUCUUUGUCAGUUAAAUCAGUGUAUGGACUUGUACUUCAGUGGUGAGAAAAUCUACGGCUGGAACUGUCCCAAGUGCAACACGAAACGUGAUGCCAUUAAGAAAUUGGACAUUUCUAAGUUACCUCCAAUUUUGGUAGUGCAUCUGAAACGCUUUUAUGCGGAUCCCAGUAAUAGCGGUGGAUAUGUUAAGAAACAAAAUUAUGUACAGUUUCCUUUGGAUAAUCUGGAAAUGAAACCAUAUCUAGCACGUGUCGAAUCUAUGUCCUCAACAAAGACAUUCAGAUUGUAUGCCGUAUCAAAUCACUACGGCACCAUGGAGGGUGGCCAUUAUACGGCAUUCUGCAAGAGCGCUAAAUAUGACCGCUGGUUUAAAUUCGAUGAUCAAGUUGUUUCGCCUUUGGAAUCAUCGAAUGUUGUCUCCAGUGCCGCUUAUAUAUUAUUUUAUACUUGGCUGCCGCCACUAAAAGGAACUUGUUAGCAAACUUUAUAUAGGAACUAAGUUUCCUUUAUUGGAACUAAUUUUUUUCUUCACCUUAUUGAAUUGUUAUUUUUAUUUUCGUUUUUCUACCAUUCACCCGAAUUCUUACGCAUUUACAUUUACUUAGCUCUUAAAUUCUAGUCGCUCCACUAAUCUAUUGCUUGUUUGUUGUUGUUCAGUUUACGACCUGUACGUAGUAACUAAUCUAAGCAAACAUUACCAUACCAAUUAAUACUAUUAUGUGGGGUGUGUAUGUAUAUAAUAACUGAUUGAGAGGAAAUAACUCAAGUUAUUGGAUAUUUGAGCGUGUUCGGUUUAUGAAAAACAUAAGUGCAUUACACGUAUAACAAAAGACCAGCUUAAUAUACUUUAUUAUAUUUUACAAGCAUACUUUAAACCAAAUAAACGAAAUGAAA